ACUCAUCAGUUAUCUUUUAACUUUGGUAAGCUUUACUCCUAACAAGAGCAAGUUAUAGUAACCUAAUAAAUAUCAGUUUUAAAUAUUUCUUUACAUUUAACAAGAUAUCUAGUUCUUGUCUUGAAUUUUUUAUAUUGUUAUAACAAAAUGCGUUUUGAAGUGCCGGAAUUUAAGAAAUGCUGCUGCUGUGUUCCAUUGCGAUAUGGAUUGCUUGCCUGGGGUUACUUAAAACUGCUAAUUGGCCUGUCACUGUUGUUAGUGGUGUUAAUAGCAGCAUUUAACAUGAGACACAACAUACCAGAAUUGAUAGCGUUUUGGGUGUUUGUGAUCUUCGUGUGUCUACUGGACAUCUCCUUUAACAUCGUGUUCAUCGUCGGCGCACACACGAAAAACUACAAGCUUCUUCGUGUGUUCUAUUACGCUACCAUCGUGGGCGUGGUGGCGUACUUCCUGCUGUUCCUUGUGUACUUCCUGAUACAGCUGAUCGCCCUCACUCAGGCGGACACGGCUGCCGAGCUGCACAACUACCGCAUCACUGUCCUUCUAGUUGAAGAAAUCGCUGAAGUCUGCGUCAAUAUUGCGCUGGACUGCUACCUGCUCCUCCUGACGAGGAGUGAGAUCCUGAAGCUGCAGAGGAGCUGCCGCUUCCAGUUCACCAACAACGCAGCUGAUGCAGAGAUACAGUACAACUUGCAUACUGACAUACCCGACCUAGAUGUCCAGGGCAUGACUCCAGAUAACUUGGUCAUUACUAAGACAGACGCGGCGAUAAUUUAAUAUAAUAACCGCGUAAACUUAAAACAAUGUAUAAACAAAAAGAAACACAAAAAGUUUUUAAAAAACGAAAGACUAAUGAUGUGUUGUCCGAUAAAUCUCGAACACGUAGGUACCUAAUUAAAAUACUCUUAGAAAUGUUUUAUGAGAAAAUACUCACUAUUUUUAUGUAAUUAUUUUUAUAAGUUUUCUAAUAAAAUAAAGGUUUUUUAAUUAA